GUGCUGGGAUUACAAGCGUGAGCCGUCGCACCCGGCUUAAAAUCAAGCUUGAAAUCUUACAGCUGAGAUCGAAGGGUGGGAAAAAAAAGAAAACAACCUCAUUGUCUUUAAAUGAGAAUCAGAAGUUGUUCUAGAGGAAAGGGGAUAAAUUUGAAAGGUGUUAGACCUAAGAACUCUUCUUUCUAGCUUUAACUCCUGAGACUAUGAAAAACAAACAAAAAUAACAUUUUGGGCAUUAGGACCCAGUGGAAGUGCCUCUGCCUCAUUCAGACUCUGUUAACUUCUCUGGUGACGUAAAGGAGCAGCCCGAGCUCAUUCUCUGCCCACAGCCCCCCUUCAUCUCUCUCCCUCCGGCUUCUUUUCUCCCCCUUUCUGUUCCCCCUCCCUUCUCCCUCUCCCUCCCUUUUCUCUUUCCUCCCUCUCCCCCUGUCCCUCGCUCUCCUCCUCCCUCCCCCUCUUUCUUACUCCCUCCUUUUCUCUCUCUCUCUCUGUCUUACUCACUCAGCUCCCUAACAUUAAAGAGAAAAUGCUGCUAUCCGUGACUUCCAGGCCUGGGAUUUCGACUUUGGGCUACAGUAGAAACAACAAGAAGCCAUAUGUGUCAUUGGCUCAGCAGAUGGCACCACCUAGCCCAAGCAACAGUACCCCUAACAGCAGCAGUGGAAGCAAUGGAAACGACCAGCUGAGCAAAACCAACCUAUACAUCCGAGGAUUGCAACCAGGCACUACUGACCAAGAUCUUGUCAAGCUGUGUCAGCCAUAUGGCAAGAUUGUUUCCACUAAGGCCAUACUGGACAAGACCACAAACAAAUGCAAAGGCUAUGGCUUUGUAGAUUUUGACAGCCCUUCAGCAGCACAGAAAGCUGUAACAGCACUGAAGGCCAGCGGUGUACAGGCACAGAUGGCAAAGCAACAGGAACAGGACCCCACAAAUUUAUACAUCUCAAACCUCCCACUGUCAAUGGAUGAGCAGGAACUGGAGGGGAUGCUGAAGCCCUUUGGCCAGGUUAUCUCCACCCGUAUCCUUCGAGACACCAGUGGGACCAGCAGAGGGGUUGGCUUUGCAAGGAUGGAGUCCACAGAGAAGUGUGAAGCCAUCAUCACCCACUUUAAUGGAAAAUAUAUUAAGACACCCCCUGGAGUACCAGCCCCACCUGAUCCCUUGCUUUGCAAAUUUGCUGAUGGCGGGCCAAAGAAACGACAGAACCAAGGAAAAUUUGUGCAAAAUGGACGGGCCUGGCCAAGGAACGGAGACAUGGGUAGCAUGGCCUUGACCUAUGACCCCACCACAUCUCUUCAGAAUGGGUUUUACCCAGCCCCUUAUAACAUCACCCCCAACAGGAUGCUUGCUCAGUCUGCACUCUCCCCAUACCUUUCCUCUCCCGUGUCUUCGUAUCAGAGAGUGACUCAGACAUCUCCUCUACAAGUACCUAACCCAUCUUGGAUGCACCACCAUUCAUACCUCAUGCAACCUUCAGGUUCAGUUCUGACACCAGGGAUGGACCAUCCUAUUUCUCUCCAGCCAGCCUCCAUGAUGGGACCUCUUACCCAGCAACUGGGCCACCUCUCCCUGAGCAGCACAGGCACGUAUAUGCCAACGGCAGGAGCUUACGUCUCCCAGUAUGCCCCUGUGCCUUCUUCCAGUGUUUCAGUGGAGGAGAGCAGCAGCCAGCAGAACCAAGUGGCAAUGGACGCGCCCUCAGAGCAUGGGGUCUAUUCUUUCCAGUUCAACAAGUAACAGUGGGAUUCCCCUCCCCAUCUUUACUGAAUAGAAAUGAAUUCUUGGAGAUACUCAUGCUCCCAGAUUCCAGAGGGUUAACCAGGAAUGCAGACCAUCUGUUGGCCCUGCUAAGGACUCACACUUAGCCAUCGUUUUUCACAGGCCUGGGCCUGGAAAAAGAAAUCUCUACGUUCCUGCCCUCUGCUCUUUCUCCAUUGCUGAUGGAGCCUGGGGAACCAUCACUUUUUGUGUGUACUACAUUCAAGGAGAUCCAAAAAACUUUUUUUUCUUUUGCAAAGAAAGAUUUUUGUUUUUAACUGCAAUGUACUGUUCCCUACCCUGAGAGACAUGGUGGUUGGAGCUUCUUCUCGUCUAUAUGAAAAAGUGUUUGAUGUAUUGGAAUUAUUUGGGGAUGCUUUUAAAACGAUUUGUAAUUAUUUCUUUAAAACCCAAAACAAAACAGAAAGUUGUGGUGCUAGAGCACUGAUGUAGGAGCCCUGCUUACUGAGCUUGGUGAUGGGCUUUUUUGAUGUGUGUGUGUAUGUAUUUUAAAAAGUGUGCAGACCUUCAAAAUUUUGUUUUGUAAAACUCUCAGCUCACAUACCCCAUCUCUUCACCCAUGUUAUUCCUUCUUUCUCUUUUCCAGAUUGUUUUUUCCUCUGUUCUAAACAGCUGAGGCUGCCUACUUUGCCCUUCUACAGCUUUUAAUUUUAUGGAUAUUUAAAAAUGAAAUUUCAUGUGGGAUUUGGGGUGGGGUGAGCAGGCUGGGCAAGGAACAAGGCAGAACACUAAGUAGGCCAUGGAAGUGGCUGUUCUUUCCUCCACGCUGCCACCUUCUGGGAGAAAAAACUAGACUUUGGCUUCAGAAAGCACAGAUGUGACCCAGGCUUACGAAUGAGACAAUUCCACAGCCCUGAGAACACACCCUUGAGCCAAAUUUGGUUGAAGACUAGGUCUUCCCUGGCAAGUUCCAGAAGAAUGGACUUACUUUGACCAACUCUUUUCACUGCCAAGGCCAACAGAUUCUGAGGAAAUGUCUGUGCCAGCUACAGCCUUUGGGAGUCCCUGCCUUACCUGCCUCCUGUCUGUCCCGGGCUUCACGGCCCUUCUCUUCCCUGUGCACGUUGCCAUGCUUAGAGCCUUUGCAGCUGUGACCUAGUUGAAUCCGCAUAGGCUCCUUCUGCACUCUGGAAGAUCUGCUACUUCACCUCAGACCAGGGGUUCUCAACCAGAGGCGGUUUUGUCCCUUAGAGGCCUUUGGCAACAUCGAGGCAUUUUUGAUUGCCACGCCUGGAGGUGAGAUGUGUGUGCUACUGGCAUCUAGUGGCUGGAAACCGGGGUUGCUGCUAACCAUCCUGCACUGCAUAGUACAGUCCCCACCACCCUCAGCCAGGGAUUAUCUGACUCCAGAGGUCAGUAUUGCCAAGUUUGGGAAACACUGCUAUAGACAGUGUUGUCCCUGCCUCCUCCGUUAGGGUAAAUGCUCACCCAAACCCUGGACAAACAGUGCCUUUGACACCCAUGCAGCUGUUUGGGAAGGACCAGACUGAGAUCCUAGGAUUCUCCCCAGACUUUGACCUUUGAUACCUCUGCAUAUAGCAAGAGUGAUCCUUGAAAGAGUUGUGGCUCCAUGCUGAGUGCACACACGCGCUCAGAAGGAUUCAGGGCACUCUUCUGGUGUGUGCUGUGCAACGGUGGGAAAGGACAAAGCUCUCUAAACUGUCCAGAGCAACCUGCCCUGCCCUGGUGUGCUUGGACCCCGUGCCCAGGGAACUAGGACAUCAGAAAUAAUUUUCCUUCUUAUGGAAGGAAAACAGGGAGCGAGGGUAGAAAAGAGCAAUAAAUUCCAACUCUUUGUGA